AUGACACGGAAGAGUAAGCAAUCACCGCUUAUUCCUGUUGAUCCAGAGUUAAAUAGGACUUUGAGAAACGUGAGGAGGCUUUUGCAAGGCACACCCGAGUUCUCUAUUGUAUAUUCGAAUUCCGAUCCGGAGGAAAUCUUUGCAGCCAACGAAGAAGAUAACAUGGGUGAUAACAAUCCUCCUCCACCAUUGUUACGAGAUUAUGACCACCCCAAUGCCUUCACACUUCGGAGUGGCAUACGUCUCCCUACUACGAAUGCAAAUAAUUUUGAGCUUUCACCUCAACUCAUCCGGAUGAUACAAAGUGAUCAAUUUGGUGGGAGUUCUCAUGAGUGUCCUUUUGCUCAUUUGGACAACUUUCUCGAAUUGUGCACAACCAUCAAGCAAAACAACAUUACGGAAGAGUUCAUCCGUAUGCACAUGUUUCAAUUCUCCCUCCGUGACAAAGCAAAGCAUUGGUUGAGAACGGUAGAAGAGGGAUCAUUGACUACAUGGGAUGAAAUCACUAGAGCUUUCCUUGGAAAGUAUUGUCCACCCGAAAAGACCGUCGAACUAAGAAGGAAAAUCACCAAUUUCAACCAAGAGAUUGAUGAAACCUUAAGUGAAGCUUGGGAGCGUUUCAAGGACUACACUAGAAAAUGCCCACACUAUGGUUUCACAUCAUGGAUCAUUGUUCAAAGCUUUUAUGAUGGUCUUACUCCUAAUUCAAGGGCCAACCUUGAUAACGGGGCCGGUGGUAGUCUUAAAAAGCUAUCGGUGGAUGAUUCAUACAAGAUGAUUGAAGAAGUGGCAAAGCACUAUGCAUACGGAGGUGAUAGACGGCAACCACAAGAAAAGAAGGGCGGAAUCCACGACCUUAGUGCGAUAGACCUUAUUGCAUCAAAGUUUGACAUGCUAGCUCACAAGCUAGAUCAAGCCACGCUUACAUCUCCAAGAUCUUCUUCACAACAAGUCAUGUCUUGUGAAACUUGUGGAGGAAAUGAUCACUUGUCCUCCUAUUGCAACUUAACUAACCAAGAGCAAGCUGCAGCUAUUGGGCAAAGAAACGAUCAAUACUCUCAACCCUACAAUCAAGGUUGGAAACCCCAACAAAACAUGGGUUGGAAACAACAAAAUCAAGGCCCCCCUCAAAACCAAUACAACCAAUCUCAUCCACAAAACCAACAAGCUCCUUACCGUCACCCUAACUAA